AUGCUGGAGAGCGAGGAGCUGAGCAGGAUCGGGGGCAGUGAGGACCAGGACGAGCUGCAUUACCAGGAUACCGACUCGGAUGUGCCGGAGCAGCGGGACGGCAGGUGCAAAGUCAAGUGGACGCAGGAGGAGGAUGAGCAGCUGAAGAUGCUAGUGAGACAUUACGGGCAGAAUGACUGGAAGUUCCUGGCCAGUCACUUCCCUAACCGCAGCGAUCAGCAGUGUCAGUACCGGUGGCUGAGGGUGCUGAAUCCAGACUUGGUGAAGGGCCCUUGGACCAAAGAGGAGGACCAAAAGGUAAUUGAACUGGUCAAAAAAUAUGGCACCAAACAAUGGACCCUGAUAGCCAAGCACCUGAAAGGGCGAUUAGGGAAGCAGUGCCGAGAACGCUGGCAUAAUCACCUGAACCCUGAGGUGAAGAAGUCCUCGUGGACAGAGGAGGAGGAUCGCAUCAUUUUUGAGGCCCACAAGGUCCUGGGGAAUCGCUGGGCAGAGAUUGCCAAGCUGCUGCCUGGGAGGACCGACAAUGCUGUGAAGAAUCACUGGAACUCCACCAUCAAGCGGAAGGUGGACACAGGAGGCUUCCUCAAUGAAGCUAAGGAGUCCAAGUCACUCUACUUACUCGUGGAGGUGGAUGACAAGGAGACCCAAAGCCAAACGAGAGCUGGAAGCCAGACCGUGCUGCCGAACUGGCCAGUCGAUAUCUCUGAAAUAAAGGAAGAGGAUGUCAGCGAUGAGGAACCAGGUGAUGCGGUGCCCGAGGAUGCCUCUUCAUUUGUCACAUCACCGUACAAGUGGGUCGUCGAAGCUGCCAACUAUUUGUACCCAACGUCUGUGCCAGCCUUCAAUGAAGCUCUGGACAUGAUUGAAUCUGACCCAGACGGGUGGUGUGAUCUGACCCAGUUUGACCUGCCAGAGGAACCCUCCGCCGGCAGCAGCAGUAGCAGCAGCAGCCCGGAAAGGCAAACCCCCAGCAAGCCAGCACCGUCCCUGCCCAAUGUGACCGAGUACCGCCUGGACGGCCACACCAUCUCCGACCUGAGCAAGAGCAGCAAAGGGGAGCUCAUCCCCAUCUCUCCGCACGCAGAGGUGAGCUUUGGCACGCCGCCCUCUGUGCUGAAGAGGCAGAAGAAGAGGAAGAUCUCCCUCUCCCCAGUCACAGAGAAUGCCACCAGCACCAGCCUUUCCUUCAUCGACUCCUGCAACAGCAUGACGCCCAAGAGCACCCCUGUCAAGACGCUGCCUUUCUCUCCAUCUCAGUUCUUAAACUUUUGGACCAAACAGGAUACACUAGAACUGGAGAACCCGUCUCUGACCUCCACGCCUGUGUGCAGUCAGAAGGUGAUUGUCACCACCCCUCUGCACAGGGACAAGACCCCUCUGCUCCAGAAGAACUCAGCGUUUGUCACACCAGAUCAGAAAUAUGUGGUGGACAACACUCCUCACACCCCUACACCUUUCAAAAAUGCCCUGGAGAAAUAUGGACCAAUUAGGCCUCUGCCCCAGACUCCUCACUUGGAAGAAGACUUGAAAGAGGUGCUCAGAAGUGAAGCUGGCAUCGAACUUAUCAUAGAGGACGAUGUGAAGCCUGAGAAACAGAAGAGGAAACAAGGGUUGCGCAGGAGUCCCAUCAAGAAGGUCCGGAAGUCUCUGGCCCUGGAUAUUGUGGAUGAAGAUAUGACGCAAAAUAUGCCUGCCCUCCCCAAGACUGUCUCUUUCAAAAGAGCCCAGCCUGUCAACUUCCUGUCGAGGUCCCUGAACCUUUCCUCCUCGAGCAGGAAGAAUGACAGCGGUUUGCUCAACAGAGCCUUUGUGCAAGUGCAGCCAGAGAAAAUGUCCUACAGGAAAAUGCCAAGCCAUUUCAGACCACCAGCACCGAUGACCAGGGCUUGGAAAGCGGUGGCCUGUGGUGGAACCCAAGACCAACUCUUCAUGCAGGAGAAAGCUCGACAGUUUUUGGGCAUGUUGAAACAGAGUCACACAUCAAGGACCUUAAUCUUAUCAUGAAGGAUUGCUCUGCUUUUUUUAUUUUAUUUUUAAAUUUUUUUUAUCAGUGGAGGAGAGAGGGAACCACAGGAAAAAAUACGCUCUCCCCAGCCAUAGUGGGUGGGGGUGGAUCUUUUUCCUUCUGUUCCCAGGUAGAUCUAUAUUGUAAUAACUUGGGCUAACUGCUGGCUACUGUGUGGAAUGCAAGUUUCGGGAUCAUUUACAGAAAGGCAAAUGAGGGAGGGUCGGAGAGCUGACAGCAAGACCUCUCUCUGCAAGACCUGGGUUCUGCAA